GAACGAAGCCUGUUGGCCAUGAAACAACUCUUCGUUGGCAACGACGGUGAACAGACGGGUCCCUUGGAUGUAUGUAUAUAUGCCAUGGCCCCCAUACAAAUCCUCUGUUGGGCCAUCUAUGUAUAUAUUGUCACUCUACUGCCGAAGCGCUGGAAAACAAGUACCUCCAAGGCCGUGGCAAUUUGCAUCGAGACGACAUGCUAGCUGCGGCAGCCUCGAUUGAAAAGCUCGGAAUCGUGCAUGGAAGAGACUGCAGUAACCAAAUAUAUAUAUAUAUACAUGUACAUGUACACUGUCAAAUGGCAUAAAUACACUGCUACAAGUGCACCCAAGACAUGUGCAGAGAGAGGGUCGGCAGCAGACAUGGAAC